AUUAUGGCAAGUUUUGAUGUGGUUUCUUUAUUUACUAGUAUUCCGAUUUGUGAUUCACUUGAUAUUAUGAAAUAUGAACUUGAAAACAAUCAAGAAGUAUUAAGUAAAUCUUUAUUAUCAAUAGAUGAAGUUAUAAAAUGUUUAAAACUUUGUUUGGAAUCUACCUAUUUUACCUUUAAAGAUAAACUAUACUGUCAAACAAAUGGAGUUGCAAUGGGCUCACCAGCAUCUCCAAUUGUAGCUAACCUUUAUAUGAAAGCUCUAGAAAAGAAAGCAUUGACAAGUUUUAGUUGUCAUCCUAGAAUAUGGUACAGAUAUGUAGACGACACUUUUAUCAUCAUAAAGAAAGCUGAAAAAGAAAACUUUCUAACAGAAAUCAACUUAAUCUCAGAAUAUAUUGAAUUUACUAAUGAAAUAGAAUCGGCUGAGGGAACUAUAAACUUUCUGGAUUGUCUUGUAAAAAGACAGACUGACGAGAAGCUAAAGUUUACCAUAUACAGAAAGCCGACACAUUCCAACAAGUAUUUGAAUUUUCAAUCAGAUCAUCCAAUAGGAAUGAAAGUUUCAGUAGCUUUAAAUCUCGUUAACAGAGCUAGAAACAUUAUAACAGAUAAUGACGACAUGGAGAACGAGAUAUCCAACAUAAAACAGGUUUUGAUUGGAAAUGGUUAUCCUGAAAAGCUACUUGAUAAUAUUAUCAAUAGAAAGGAGCAUAAGGGAAAACCAAAAAUUGAAAAAUCCUGGCUAUCCACGAUAGCCAUCCCAUACCGAAAGGACACAGCUGAACAACUUCAAAGAUUAUUUGCUUCAUAUAAUAUUAAAGUCUAUGUCAAACCUUCUAACUCUCUAGAGAAGGCGUUAGUACAUGUCAAGGAUAUAGUUCCCAGAAUGGCACAAAGUAAUUGUGUCUACAAGAUAAAGUGUUCCGAAUGUGAUGCAUGCUAUAUAGGGGAGAGCAGUAGGCAGAUGAAGGUCAGAGUGAAUGAACAUAGACUAUGCACGAAACGUCCACCUAGAAAUGAAGUGGAACUAAAAAGUCUGGAAAAAAGAUCGGCUAUAGCAAUGCAUGCUAUAGAAAGCGGACAUAAGAUUGAUUUCGACAAUGUCGAAAUUCUUGGAAGAGGAUUUCAUUCACAUAAAGAAAGAUUGACUUCUGAAGCCUUGCACAUCUUAACCACAUCGAAUGCAGUGAAUAGGAAGGAUGGGAUAGACUUAUCACCUAUAUGGCAAACUCUUAUGAAGCAAGACAAAUGAAAAAAUCAAUCAGCACUCUAUGAGCCUCCAUGACCUUUUAAAACAUGUUUAUCAAAUAUGAAUUCACGUAUUUUCCAUAUGACAAAUAACAUACAUACACACACACACACUCAUACAAAACUAAUCUAUACAAAUUAACCAUACAAGAAUGAACACAACAUCAACUUGACAUUAGUCAUUACA